AUGACGAUGGCACCUACGCCUGUCUCGUCUUCGUCUGCAGCCCACAAUGGUGUAGCAAGGGGGCUUCAACCGCGCGGAGUGCCCAAAAUAACAAAAGAUGUAUUCCUCAUGUCGCCGUGCGAUCCUUCGCGCCGUCCUUGUGGCGGCUGUGUGCUGCAGCUCAUGUAUCUUCUUGUGACCGGCAUUACCGUGUCCCUUUCUACACCAUGUCCACUAGUCACGCCAUCGGCCGCUUUUUCACCCAUACCUCGAGACUGCACACGUGAGCCCGAGCAAAUUGACAAAGCUCUUCGACGAGGAGUGCCGUUACGCUCGCUUGAUGUGAGUGGAGACCUUCGCCCGCCGGCAUAUGAGUUUAACCCCAUGCUAGUCUUGCAGUUCGCGAAUUUGCUUGACAGUGUCAUCUCUUCUCCAACAGCAGCUCCUUCACGGGAGGAUCGAACGGCGUUUCUGAGGUUGCUUUCGGAGGCAGCUGGAUGUGACAACGGAGCUUCAAUCUUGGCGGUAGCAAAAAAAUAUAAAGAGUUGGCAGAUUCAUUGCUGGAUGCGGUUCAUCCUGUACUGUUGAGCAUGUAUAGAAGAAAGCUCGACAGCUACAGAGGAGGGCCACACAAAGACUCGCAGCAUCGCUUAGCUCUGGCCAUAGAAGGAGGGGCUAUGAGAGGUUGCGUCACUGCAGGAAUGGCAGUGGCACUACAUCACAUGGGAUAUGCAGAUACAUUUGAUGCCGUGUUCGGCUCCUCCGCUGGAAGCCUAAUUGGUGCUUACUUCAUUUCUCGACAACUGCCUUACGAAGGAACACAAAUUUACUAUGACUGGCUGCCUUUCAUGGGCAAAAAAUUCCUCGAUCUCAAGCGCAUAGGCCGGGGCCUUGGACUGGGAUUCCUUCUUGACGGUGAUAUUAUCGACUUCCUCAUCAAUAAGCUGGGCAAACCGCUUCUGAACCUCGAUGUUCUACUCAAGGACAUAGUGCAGGAAAAGCAACCGUUGGACUGGGACAAAUUCAAGGCCAAUGAUUCCUGGCAACCGCUCAAGGUCGUCACGUCAGGACUGUGUAGUCAGCGAGCCAUCGUCCUCGACAGCAAACAUGGAAACAUCCGUGACUUGCCGUCUUUAAUGGCAUGUGUGCGUGCAUCGAUGUUGUUACCUGGCCUAGCAGGCCCGGUGGUGCACCUGCCGAUCUACCCGGAGUCCACCAAUCUAACACCUCACUACCUUCCUCUGAUUACACCAUCGGCGCUUCCCCGCUUUGCGCCACAAGCACCAUGCGGAUUUGUCUCUGAGCCUCUCGCUGACGCUCUUUUGUAUGAACCUGUCCCUUUCCGGAGUGCCAUAGCUGACGGCUACGAUCAGGUUCUCGUUCUGCGGAGCAGACCCGACGGAAAGCGAGUGGGGCGACUAGGAGGAAUCGAGGCUGCGGUCGAAAAUCGUCUCGCUCGUCGAUUCUUCGCUGGAAAGCACAAGCUGCGACAUGUCUACGAAUACAUGAAGCAACGACAGCAUCGUAUUCGUUACAUGAAGGAUAUGCUGAUGUUAAACGAAGCAACGAACCGCCACAUCAAACUACAGGUUGCUGGUUUGGACGGAGUCGAAAAGGAGGGGCACGCUUUCGCUGUUGCCUUGGAUCCUUCCACAGCGGAGAUUGCCAGGAUUUCAAUGACCCGGAAACAUAUAUUGGAGGGCGUGAGGGCAGGCUUCGCUCGUUUGUACGACGUGAUUGUCCCCGACCCACAGAAGAGGGGCCGCGGAUACGAGGAAGCAUUAAAGGUGUUUCCUACGAAUCUACCGGGCGUAACCGAGGCUUUCACUUCAUCUACUUCGUCUGUCUCUUCAUUUCCCUUGGUGCCACCACUGUUCGACGAUUCAUCGGAGGUCACAACAGAUCCAAAAGAGCUCGAGGACUAUGUUAUCCGAGCGGCAGCCAGAGAGCGGGAGAGACGGAAUCUUCUCGCAAAUGAUGCGAACUCCUAAGCGUGCCCAUUUUCAUGCAAUAACUAAGAGGGCGAGUGUGGGAGAGGGGCCCGAAAAUUGCACUGCUCGCCCAGAGUGACUGUCUAUGCAUGUAUUUGCGUACUGUAAUAUACAAAUUGUGCGAAGUUGAAUAUAUGCAUGUAUAUGCGUACAUCUACGUCUCCGUAUAAAUGUUUCAUGAUCCGAUCGUGGAACUCAUUUCCCAUCCAUUUUGCAGGAGGGCGAGUAGUGGAUCCUAGAAAGCUUCACAAAUAACAUACUCCUACAAAUGAGUGAUCCAAUCUAGUGUGGGUAUA